AUGCUUUCCGUUUCACCGGUCUGGCAAGGCGCCGGCGGUCUCACCCGAUCUGCCGACAAGGCCCGCGGCCCCGCACUGUUCACGGUGCCCGCGGUGUCCGCGACGAGGCAAGGGCCGCAGUGCCGGGGAGUGGAAAGCCGCGUCAGCGUCGGCCUGGUCGCGAGCGCUGUUCUUCUCAGAGGACGGAAGCACAGACUUGGAAGGACAGCUAGAACUGCUUCUGCAGGUUCCUUGUUUCUGCUUCCGGAUGGGCGUGACAUCCGUGUACUCACCAACGAGGGAGAAGUGAAAACGGCCGUAGCGGCAGAAGUUGCCAGUUGCUCAAGUGCUGCAAUCGCGGAGAAGGGCGCCUUCUCAAUUUGUGUGCCUGGUAGCUUCGGACCAGCGGAUGGCCAGGAGCUAGCAGGUGCUCAGCUUAUCGGAGAGUCCCUCGCAACACUCUCUGGGCAAGGUAUGGGUUUCCAGCGGAGAAGUGAAUCCCGUCCCAAAAAAUCUGUGCAGCUGACAGCUGACUUCGACAAGUGGCACGUCUUCUUUGCCGGCGAGAGGUUGGACGGCCAGGAGUCUUUUCUGCUUGCGAAGAAGCUUUGGAUAGACAGCUGUGGCAUUCCGGAAGCCCAGGUUCAUCCGGUUCCACAGGGAAUGCCUGCAGAGGGGGCGGCAGCUCAAUACACGGCCGAAAUUUGUAUGCAGGAUGAGAGCAUCCUGGUAGACAGCGAUCAGGGCCUCCCUGCUCUGGACCUGCUCCUUCUCGACAUGGCCAAAGAUGGUACCAUUGGGCGUUUGAAGCCAGACUCGCCUGAGGUUGAAGAAGCAGGCUCUGGCAAGGUGAUUUUGCCAGUUGAAGACGACGAUGCAGAGGCUGCCAUCGCAGCUCCUGACUUCAUGAAUGCAGCACGGACGGCAGUGAUCGUGGCGACGGGUGCUGCGGCCGCUGCUUCGGUCAACAAAGCCCUUGGCAGCGCCAGCUCGGCCUGCCCGGCUAGUCUGAUUCGGACUGGCAAGACGAUAUGGCUGCUUGACGCGGGGAGCGCGCAGGAUGUGAGCGAGCCGUGA